CAAUAGGCUGUCAAGUCCAUCACCAUACAAAAAUGUCUGUCAGUGAAAGUAUUCCGGUUAUCACUUUCCGAAAUUAUUUGAAUAUACUUAACGAUCCCUCUGCAAAAGAGGAAAUCAAGUUAAAAGCCACACAAGAACUAAGCGAACACUUUGAAAUGAUAAUUCAAAGCUCAUCCUAUCCAUCAUUCCUGGAAACCUCACUAAAAAUAUUUAUGCGUAUAUUGCAAGAGGGCGACCCUCAGUUCAUUCAAGAAAACACCAUGCAACACAUCCGUAAACUUAUUUUGGAGAUGAUUCAUCGACUGCCCAUAACAGAAAAUUUAAGACAACAUGUCAAAUCAAUUAUAACAAUGAUGCUCAAAAUAUUAAAAACUGACAAUGAAGAAAAUGUUCUUGUCCUUUGAUAACUAUAACAAAACAUCAAACAUCAUAACAAAAC